GCAGCGGCAGGCAGCUCCACUCACCCCGCCCCACUCUUCCCUCAGCAUGGCUUCCUUGGGGCAGAUCAUCGUCUGGAGUGUGAUUAACAUCAUCAUUAUCCUGGCUGGAGCAAUAGCGCUCAUCAUUGGCUUUGGCAUUUCAGGCAAACACUUCAUCACCGUCAGGACAUUCACCUCGGCUGGAAACAUCGGAGAGGAUGGGAUUCUGAGCUGCACUUUUGAACCUGACAUCAAGCUCAACGGCAUUGUCAUCCAGUGGCUGAAAGAAGGGACCCUGGGUUUGGUCCAUGAGUUCAAAGAAGGCAAAGACGAUUUCUCACAGCAGCACGAGAUGUUCAGAGGCCGGACGGCAGUGUUUGCUGAUCAGGUGGUGGUUGGCAACGCUUCCCUGAGGCUAAAAAAUGUGCAACUCAUAGAUGCUGGCACCUACACGUGCUACAUCCGUACCUCCAAAGGAAAAGGGAACGCUAACCUGGAGUAUAAAACUGGAGCCUUCAGUGUGCCAGAGAUAAACGUGGACUAUAAUGCCAGCUCAGAGAGUUUGCGCUGUGAGGCUCCUCGGUGGUUCCCCCAGCCCACAGUGGCCUGGGCAUCUCAAGUUGACCAAGGAGCCAACUUCUCGGAAGUCUCCAACACCAGCUUUGAAUUGAACUCUGAGAAUGUGACCAUGAAGGUUGUAUCUGUGCUCUACAAUGUCACAAUCAACAACACAUACUCCUGCAUGAUAGAGAACAGCAUAGCCAAAGCCACAGGAGCCAUCAAAGUGACAGAUUCGGAGGUCAAAAGGCGGAGUCAGCUGCAGCUACUGAACUCGGGGCCUUCCUGGUGUGUUUCUUCUGUCCUUCUGAUUGUCUGGGCACUGCUGUCUCUCUCCACUGCCAGAUGCUAAGAUGAGGGGUCUUGGCCACACAAAAGCAUGCAAAGUGGCUGGUACAGCAGAAUCCCAGAGAUCUACAGACAUAGUCUCCACGACAUAUGACCUAGUUUUGUAUUUCUGGGAGAAAAUGAAUUCGUGUCUAGAAGUCUGCAGUGAACAGACAGGAACAAGACGCAAAGAAGAAAACAAAAGCAACCCACAGAUGCCUCCAAUAGGAACAAGACGGACCUAGAAAAUAUUUCAACCAAACUAGAGUGUAGUAAGACCGCUAGUACAACGUGUGCAGGGUUUUCCCAGGCCUCAGGGACCUCCCCUUGGCUGCCAGCUCCGGGGGAGUGAGAGGAUGGGCUGUUAGUGUUGCUCUCAUAGCUCCUGGAUGGGUUUGAUCGCCAUAUCCUCGUUUUGUAUUCAGCACAUUAAACAUAGUGUACACUGUGAACAGCAGCUAAUCAGCCGCCACUUCACAGCUCCGAGGUGGCGGCGUUUGAGUGACGGGCCCCCGCGAUGCACUUCUCAUUAGGAUGCUUUCAAAACUGCUUUGGCUUCUCCUCCUACCUGACAAAUGUCAACCGUGUAGGGAGGGUGAUCAUAAUUUCAGGGCAAACAAAAUAUUCGAAUGAUGCUGAUUUUUCCAAAUAAUCGGAAUGACUUCUUUCUCGGGCAAACAAAUGCAGCUUAGUUCUCGGAUGAUGCUGAUUUGUUCACGGCUCAGGAGAGGCGCUCUCCUCAUCCUGCCCUGUGGCCUUAUGUCAUCAUGAGGUUUGAAGUUUCUACUUUCUACCCUGCAUGAAUAGUCGUGACCUCAGCUUCCGGCCUCCAGAGCACUGGGGGUGAAGUGGCGUGAUUUUCCCCCCUUCUUAUCUUUCAUGUGACGUUUGGCAAUGGAGGGAGACUAAUCGCCACAACUAAAGGAAGAGGGAGAGCAGGGUUACUGGUACCGAGAGGGAAGAGCUCAGAGAUUAUGUUCAACAUCUUGCAAUAGACAGGACAAGUCCUGCUAAGAAAGAAUUUAUCCAACUCCAAAUGCCAAUCACAUCAAGGUUGGGAAAUCCUGAAUUAGAACAGAAAAGAUGUGGGGAAAAGGUGAGUGCAAGCAAGCCCAUUUGCUUCUGAGAGUGGGCAUCGGCUGCUGUCUCUGGCUCCUGUGCAGAGAGCCCGAUCUCUGCGCUGUGUGACAUCCUUCAGUGAACAGUUGGCGAGCGAUGUGAGAGACUCUCCGCAGGAUUAUCUUCAGCUCACGGUACUGCUGCGGCCUCUCCCUUCAUUCUGCCACACAGUAAGUUUGGCUCAAAUGCUGCCCGAUUUCCAUUUCAAGUUUUCUGUCUCUGGAUUUACAUCUCGCGAUCAUGUCUGGACAAAACACACGUUAAGGCAACAGAAAUAAAUCUUCCUCAAAACACACAGAGACUUCUGGGCUUUGGGAGUUCUGCUUGUUUUUAGGGUGCUAGAGAUCAAGUCACUGAGCUAUACCCUAGCCGACGCAGAGACUUCUAAGAGAAAAUGGGGCAGUGUUCUUUGAAAUGAAGGCUUA